AUGCCUUCCGGAACUUGCAGAAGAACCAACAAGGGAGCCGCUAAGUGGCAAUGCGACCAAGACAUCAAACUUGAGCUCAUCAACGACAAGGGAAAGUUCGAAAAAGCACUGAGAGAUAUUUAUCCUCUUGGAUUCAAGGUCGACUAUGAGUACAGCUCCACUACCUGCCGUGUUAUUGCGCUUGCGAGAAACAGAGAGCCUGCCGACCUGCAGAAAAAGCUCCAAGAUGUCGGUGCUAUUCUUCAGGGGCGAUUCGGGCGAAGAGGCUGA